UGCACUGUCUGAAAAAAUUACUAGAAUUAUUUUUGUCUUUCUAUUUCCAAUUUUCCGAGCCUAAAGUCGUAGAUAUAUCAACCUGUAAUCGACAAAAUGGAUUUGCUAGGUUCUAUAAUGAAUUCGAUGGAGAAACCCCCCAGCUUGAGCGAGAAAGAGCGGCUGUUAAUCAAAAAAAGAAAAGAAGAAAUAGAAAAACGACAAGCCGAAGAAAAAGAACGUCUGAAACGAUUUAAAGAACGCGUUGAGUCCAAAUUGGAAUCGUAUUUUAAAAUUGCCACAAACACGAUGUUGAAGUUUGAACCAAUGGAUCAAAUUUAUCGAAGCAUCAUACACGAAGCUGCGGAAUCUACCGGUUUACUAUCGUACGCCUUUGGUACUGAUGGUGUCGACAGGUACAUUAGAGUGUACCGUAAAGAAAACGCUCCCUGUGAGGAUGAACUGGCCGCCAGAAGGCGAGGAGAACCGUGGAACGAGGACAUUAAACGACACUUGAUAGAAAAGAGAAAACUGGAAGCUUUAGAAGAAGCAGAAGCGGCAAAAAGAAAGCCAGAGAAAUUCGUCCCCAAUUCAAACUACAGAGAUAAGUAUGUGCAUCUUAUUGGACAAGAAGCGGCACUAGAAGCUGCCAAGAAAACUGAAACUAACAAAACUUAUGGUUUUGUGCCUAGCGAGAAUAAGAAGGACGUUAGGUCUAUUGAACAAACCAUGGCAGACAUUAGAGACAAAAAACGGCUUAAAACCACCCAUGAAACGACAUCUAAUGAUAAUUAGAUUUUUAUUUUAAUAUUAUACACUUAGCAUUAUUUAUUGUAACCAUUACACAAUCACAAAAAUUCUGAUGAA